AUGUCGGAGUCGUGGAAGAUUAAUCGAAUCCUCAAUGAGCUCAUGACGAAGCCGCUGAGCUCCCGCAAUAAGCUUGACGCUACAACGGCCCAGUCGUACGCAGCAGCGCUCAAGCCAAACAUCUUGGCUGCCGAGGACCAGGAUAAGGUCAACUCGAUCCUGGUGCUAGCUAAGCUCUUGCAGUGCUCUGCAGGUACGGCCAACUUGAACUUAUCGCUGGUUUUCGACGAGGAGUUAUUUCUGACGCUUCUCGAAACCGCCAGAAAGACGAACCUGCCGGACUUGUACAGGGCGAUUCUUCUGAUCUGCCUGACCUCGAUUCUGGGACUGAUCUACCCGCUGGCGUCCAACGAAGCAUCCAUUGAGGUACAUCUCCCGCUCUACAGGGCCCUUGUGACUCAUUUGGACGCGAUCGAUAUGAUCACGGGCAGAUUGUCCACAGCUGAUGUCAAGACGUUGCUCUACUCGGUGCAUUUGGUCACUGGGUUGAUUAAACGGGCAUUGAAGUUUAGGUACGACAAAAUCAUCACGUUGGCGGGUCGUUUGAAGCACGUGAAGUUCUUCGCUACCGUGGCCAACCAGAGUGACUCGUCAGACCAGAUGCUCCAAGAAGCUGUGGCCCAGCUUGAAUAUUACUACUUUUACUUGAACGAGUAUCUUCAAAAUACUGAGUUUGAUCUUCUGAUAGAGUCUCAUCAGGUCAUGAUGCGUAAUCUUUUUGAGUUCUUGGACGUUUCUUUGAACGAGUUUGGCACUCCUGCUCUGACGGCUGAGUAUGUCAAGGCUGGCUUCACGGCAGACCCAAGGAAGUUUGUCGCAGAAAACUUCUCCAUUCUUUUAGCCAUGGACUUGAAGAUCUUCUUAAAGGACCAAAAUAUGAUGUUCAAGAAAAGGUUUCACGAGGAGUUGAUCAUGAGCGACCACAACAGAACAUUUCCCUUAUACCACUUCAUUUCGCAGUGCACUAAGCUCUGGAUCAACGUGUUUCAUGACAAAAAGCGUUACCCUCGUCUAAACGUUCAUAUUCUCUCAUGGGAGCUUUUCAUCUACUAUUCCAUGUACAAUUGCUUGUUGUUGUGGCAGGAUACGAAAGCGCAAUUGGAGAAUGACGAAGAUAUGAUGGGCAUUGUCAAGCUUCUUCAAGCCAACGUCAAGUACUUGGAGGAGAGUCUUGGCCAGGAUCUACAGAUAGAGGAUGCCUUGGAGGUGUUCACCAGACGUACCUCUGAGCAAAUUAGACACUACCAGAUUCUAGAAAUGAAGCGUCAGCACAGAGCCAAAUGGAGUCCGUAUUUUCUGGAGUUCGACGAGACUUUACAAAGAGAAGUCAUGGAUUUUGUGUAUGAGCAACGUGUUAUGCAACUUCUUAAGGGGUCAUGGGUACUCACAGAGUCUCAUGCGGAGGGGCUCAAGGCCAAGUCGGGCAGCCACUCAAGCGACAGCAGCUACUACUUUCUCAUGCUCAGCCCGAACAGAAAGGCAAUUUUGUACAAAAGAUUUGCUGAAAAGCCAACUUUGAAGCCUUCUUUGGAGGAAAUGGAAAGUCUGUAUGUGGAAUUGAAGGAUAUUGCUCAUUACACAUCCACAAGAAUUGGGCAAUCGUUGGGUGAAGAAGAUAAAGCCAAGAAUAGCAGGUUGAUCUCGGUGAAAGGUUCCAUUUGUUAUGAAAGACUUACUCUUCUCGACAAGAAUGAGAAGCCAUUGCUCACCUUUUUUACUGACUCGGAAAUGAAAAAAGCUGUGUGGUUGGACGGACUUAAGAUGUUGAAGGGCUCAUUGGGAUUCAGUGAGCUUUCUGCUGAAACUACUUCGCAGCUUGCUUCACUUAAGGAUAUUAGGAAAAACACUCAACUUUUAGUUCUAGAAGGAAAAGCCUUUGUGGAUGUUGAGUUUGACGGCGGAAGCGAUGACGAGUACUACGAUCUUUCAGAGUUGAGAAAAGUUACUGAAGGAUUCCACUAUGCCUCGAAUGCCAGAGUUAUGUAG